UCGGCGCAUGCGCAGUGCGCGCUCUGUCGGUUUGAAGCAGAAUGGCGGUGCUGCUGGAAACAACUUUAGGAGACAUUGUAGUGGAUUUAUACACAGAGGAGAGACCCAAAGCCUGCUUAAACUUCCUGAAGCUAUGUAAGAUCAAGUUUUACAACUACUGCCUCAUUCACAAUGUUCAGAGAGAUUUCAUCAUUCAGACUGGUGACCCCACAGGGACGGGACGAGGCGGAGAGUCAGUGUUCUGUAAGCUGUAUGGGGAUCAGGCUCGGUUCUUCGAUGCUGAGAAAGUGCCCCGGAUCAAGCACAAGAAGAAGGGAACCGUUUCCAUGGUGAACAACGGCAGUGAUCAGCACGGCUCUCAGUUUCUGAUCACUACAGGAGAGAAUCUAGACUAUUUGGAUGGCGUUCACACCGUGUUUGGGGAGGUAACGGAGGGCAUGGAUGUCUUGGCCAGAAUUAACGAAUCUUUCGUGGACAAGGAUUUUGUUCCUUAUCAGGACAUCAGAAUAAAUCACACAGUGAUUCUGGAUGACCCGUUUGAUGACCCCCCAGAUCUGCCGGUGCCGGACCGUUCUCCAGAACCCACUAAAGAACAGCUGGAUAGCGGCCGUAUUGGAGCGGAUGAAUCGGUAAACGAUACUGAAGGGAAGGAUCCUGAGGAGCUGGAUGAGUUACUAAAAGAAAAGGAAGCAAAGACUCAGGCCAUACUCUUGGAGAUGGUGGGUGACCUGCCUGAUGCAGACAUCAGACCUCCGGAAAACGUGCUGUUUGUGUGUAAGCUGAACCCAGUCACCACAGAUGAGGACUUGGAGAUCAUCUUCUCCCGCUUCGGCCAAAUCCAGUGUUGUGAGAUCAUCAGGGACUGGAAGACAGGCGAAUCUCUGUGCUACGCUUUCAUAGAGUUUGAAAAGGUGGAGGACUGUGAGAAAGCGUACUUUAAGAUGGACAACGUGCUGAUUGAUGACAGACGCAUUCAUGUGGACUUUAGCCAGUCUGUGUCCAAGAUCAAAUGGAAGGGCAAAGGUGGGAAGUACACUAAAGAUGACUUCAAGGCCUAUGAGAAAGACCUGGACAACAGAUCCAAACUGGCUCUGAAAGACAAAGCCAAACCCAAACAAGACUCCCGUUACGAGCUUCUCCUAGAUGAUGACGAGGAGCAAGUCGAUCGGAAGGAUGAUAGGAAACAGCGAGAGAAGAGGCGACAGUCAGAUGAUGAAGACGGCAGGAAGUCAAAGAAAUCAAAGGAUGCAGACGAAAGCCGAAGAGACCGAAAAGAGGGCAGGCAACGUUCGCGAUCUCGGUCCAGAGACAAAGACAGAGAGAAGGACAGGCAUAGAGACAGGGACAGAGACAGAGAGAGGGACAGAGAUAGAGAACGAGAGAGAGACAGUCACCACAAACACGGUAAGCACAAGGAGAAGAGCCACAAACGGGAUCGUAGUCGAAGCCCUAAGAAAUCAAAGGACAAAGAGCGCAGCAGACAUCGCUGAGGCUCUGCUGCUGACUUAACACUGACACAGUCUAAAGACGUUUUACACACACACACACACAUACAAAUUACCAUCUCAAUACCACCUUAUGUUUUCUAUGUUGUGUGAACAUUGUGAAGAAGGGACCAACAGAGGUGGUCCAAAAUUACAUGGAAUAAAAUUGUGUUAAAUUAACAUA